CACGCUCACUACUCUUGUCGGCCAUCUUGGAUAAGAACAGGUUGUUGUAUUUGUACUUUAGGUAGAAUUUCUUGCAUUAUGGCUGCAAGAAGAAUAGGCCAGUACAUCCCAGAUUGGGUCAAAAUAAGUGCACGUGUACCUACAGAAGCUAGAGGUGAUAUGGGUCGUUUUAGAGCCGCUUAUGAGUCCCUCAAAACGAGCCUGGAAUCUGUCCCUGCUAAGCCAGAAACCAUUGACUGGGAAUUUUAUGGCAAGAACGUGUCUAAACCUGGAUUAGUGUCAAGCUUCCAGAAAGCUUAUGAAGCUGUGACAGUACCAUAUCCAAAGGACACCAAGUCUGAUCUGAUUGCUAAGAGAGAGAAGGAAAUGGAAACAAUGUGCGAACAGCUGAAAAAGGAAUCAUUUUCAAGAAUCAAGGAAUAUGAAGCAGAGCUUGCUCUGGUUAAAUCUCAAAAGCCAUUUGAAGCUAUGACUGUUGAGGAAUAUUUACAAGAUCACCCAGAUCUGAGAAAGCAAGCAGCAGAAGAAAUGAAGCAGCAUAUUUGGAAGUAAUCUGAUUGGGCAUGGAUUAUUUUGCACCUCCAUAAUACAAUCUAUCACUAAUAUUUGUCUUAGUGUAACAUUGAUAGUAUUUUGACAAAGGUGUGCCUUUCUAAAGUGUGAAUAAAUUGAAGGUUGACAUUA